UUUUUUUUUUUUUUUUUUUUUUUUUUUUCUUCCUUCGAGUUGGUUUCGAGAGGGUUGGUUGAUUUGGAAUUGUAAAAUGGCGGCCUGGAGCCACUGUGCCGCGGUGCAUCCCGCCGCCUUGGGCUGAGCCGGCUGCACACCCUUCGCCGCGAGACGGAGACGAGGCCCCGGGGGACAUGCUGUUUGGGACUCCGGGCAGGCCGACCACCGAGUCCUGGGCGAGUGUCUGUGCUCCGGAAGCCGCCCGGCCGCCGCCCCGGGCCCCGCCGACCCCAGCGCCCGGCGAGAAGCGAGAGCGGCGGCCGCCGCGGGUUCAAAAAAAAUGGCCAAAAGAAUUGCUGAGAAGGAAUUGACAGAUAGAAAUUGGGAUCAAGAAGAUGAAGCAGAAGAGGUGGGAACCUUCUCGGUGGCCAGUGAGGAAGUCUUGAAGAACAGAGCCAUAAAGAAAGCAAAGCGCAGAAAUGUCGGGUUUGAAUCUGAUGUGCAGGCUGAUAGUGGAGGGGCCUUUAAAGGCUUUAAAGGCUUAGUUGCAUCUUCUGGAGGAGGAGCGUUUUCUGGAUUUGGAAGUGCUGGCGGGAAGCCCCUGGAAGGACUGUCCAAUGGAAACAGCAUGACUGGUAGUGCCUCUUUCUUCUCCAGUGUAAAGACAGCAACUGAAACCAAAAUGACUUUCGGAUCUGUUGCCACAAAUGGCCCCGCCUCCGUGGUCAGUAAAAAGAUUGCAGACCCCAAGACUAAUGGCAGCAAUCAGCAGCCUUCCUCAUCUGACCUUACCCCGGGGCCGGCCCAGGACAGGAAUGCCUACCAUAAACAGUUGGCUGCCUUAAACUGCUCUGUUCGAGAUUGGAUCGUGACACACGUGAAUACAAACCCGGUCUGCGACCUGACUCCUAUCUUUAAAGACUAUGAGAAACACUUAGCAGGUAUUGAAGAGCAGCACGGCAGCGGCAGCGGUAGUCACUCAGAAAAUGAAACAAGCCGAGUGUCCCUUGAAACCCAGUCUCCUUCCCUAUUUGGUGCAACAAAGUUACAGCAGGAGCCAAUAUUUUUGUUUCAUGUCAACAAAAUUGAGGAGACGUCUGAAAAGAAGGUAGAGGCUGUAUCUGACCAGAAACUGAACCCCCAGAUGGCAGCAACAAGUGCCUCGUUUAAUUUUGGCAAGAAAGUGGAUAGUUCUGUUUUGGGCUCAUUGAGCUCUGGUCCCUUGACUGGAUUUUCAUUUUCUUCUGGAAAUUCCAGUGUAUUUGGUAAAGAUACCGCCCAAAGUAAACCAGUUUCUUCACCAUUUUCCUCAAAAGCACCAGAGACCCAGGCACAAGGUGGCAGUAACGAAUGCAAAGGUGGAGAUGACGAAGAGAGCGACGAGCCACCCAAGGUCGUAGUCACUGAAGUGAAAGAAGAUGAUGCUUUUUACUCCAAAAAGUGUAAACUAUUUUACAAGAAAGACAAUGAAUUUAAAGAGAAGGGUGUUGGUACCUUGCACUUAAAACCCACAGCUAACCAGAAGACUCAGCUUCUAGUGCGAGCAGACACCAACUUAGGAAACAUAUUGCUGAAUGUUCUGAUUCCACCCAAUAUGCCAUGCACCCGGACAGGAAAAAACAAUGUCCUUAUUGUCUGUGUUCCAAACCCGCCCAUUGACGAGAAGAACGCUUCAGCUCCAGCUACCUUGUUGAUUCGGGUGAAAACGAGCGAGGACGCGGAUGAGUUGCACAAAAUUUUACUGGAGAAGAAAGAUGCCUGACCACGCUCAACUGACGAUUUAUUGCCAAGUUGCUGCUUCCCCACCACCUGUAAACCUAGUUUUCCUUCUACUUUGACAUUCUAAGAACUAUAUAGAUAACUUAAUUGCAACUUUUGUGAGGGAGAUUAAUGUGGCCAAUAAAACCUUUAAUGUUAAGUAUCAAGAAAUUGUAUUCUCCCUUCUUAAGAACUAUCUAGUGUAUAAAAUGCAAUUGAAUGAGUUUUUGCAAGAUUUUUUUUAUGUUCGUCUAUUAAGUUGACCACAAGUGAUUUUAGUGGACUGAAAUCAGGGUAUUGAUUAGAUUUCCCAAAGGUUUCUCCAAUCCAUGGGUUCUGAGGUCCAGUGCUACUCCCGGGAGGCAUUCAGACAGCUGUGUACCCAGCAGGAAGCCUGUCCACAGCAGUCUGGUCUCCGGCGCGGGCUCAGCUCAACUCAAUUACGAAAGCAGGACUCUCUAGAUGAACCGUGCCGCCAUGCUGUGAGGAAGAUGUGUUUGCAUUCCUUUGUGUUAAAGCUAAACUGAGUAAUAAGUGUCCGCGUACUGCCGUGCAUUGUGAUUUUUCCCUUUGCAGGUGUUGACUUUCAGCUCUGGGCUACUUAACCCCAACGCAGAAACUGCUUUUUUAUUUUUAUUUUUUUCUUUAAAGGAAUCAAGAGUUUGUCCUUUGGUUUUGUAGUUUUAUUCACGAGGUGCUGUUAACUUCUGUAUAAUAGAAGGGGAUUGCCAGGAAUGAGGUUUAAAAGCACAAAUGUGUUAACAAUCUAUAGUUUGUGGACCACAGCCAGUAAACCUACACUGAAAAGAAGUCUAAGUCAACCUAGGCUCCAAAAGAAGAUCUCUUGUUACUCCACCGUGAUGAACGGGUCUAGAAACUGCUUACUCAAUCAGUCACAGGAGCUUUUAUUACAGAUGAGCCAUGUGAAUUAACCAGGAGUCAAUCACGCAAUAAGAUAAUAAAGAAAAACUCUAUGUAAACUGUUGCCUUUAACGCAUAGACUGCAGUAUACUCUACAUUUAGUAUCUGAAUGUCCAUUUACUUUUAUAAGAAUAUUCAGUGUGUCCGUUUGGAAGGGAGCCAUGGUCAUGCACAGGAAUAUCCGAGUAUCCGGUCACUUCUCCAUAGCUGUUAGGUAACUAGUAGCUGUCUUUGAAGACUGGCCACGUGAAGUAGGUGUAAAUUAUAGUGUUUAAAUCUCCACUUUGAUUCCUCAGAAAUCAUUUAAUGCUGGUACCAUACGAUCUUGUUUAAAGACUCAGGGUCAGUGCUCAUUUGUGUCUUUUGAUCUUUAGGACAUGUUUUCUGACUUGGAAAAGGGUAGUCAAAAUAAUUAUAAUUAGGACAGUUGCUUUUAAAAAAAACUUUUAGGUAUGAAAAGGGGGGGCAGGGAGUGUUUCAUAAUUAAAUGUUAACUUUAAAGUACUUGAGGCAAGGUAGUUGGGUCAACAUUUAUCAUGAGACUCUUGUACAAUUCUGUUUUCUGAUUCCAGUGGGGGGAUCUGGCCCCCUCUGAGUAAAUACACAGGCGUGUGAUCAAAUUCCACGGUAUUGUGAGACCUGGUGAGCAGCGAGUUUUUGUUACACGGGGUGUAUAUAGUAAGCACAAGUGGUUCAUAGCAUUAUAAUCCCACCGACCCAGCCCUGUUCACAUUUAGGUACAUGGAGGAAGAGGAAGUGGGGGAACACAUCUCUGUGUUGUGGCUUAGCCGCACGCUUCUGUGAUGGUCCCCACCAGAACACUGGCAGAGACACUUCUCGUGUGAAUGAGAUGUUAUUUUGUUAGCUUCUGCUUCUGCAUGUGCAAUGGAAUAUUCACCCAAAGUAGCAAGAAAAGAUCACAAUUGGAUUGAUUACCUUUGGACACUUCUGAAAAAAGCUUCAUUUAAAGUAGCUUGUUAUAUAUGUGGCUUUUUUCCUGACAUUCCCAUCAAUUCCUUGCUGCUACAAAUAUCAGUUACAGUGAACAUUACAGGGGAAAAUGUGAUGUCUAUGCCAUAACUCAAAAUGUGAGAUUUUUUUUAAACCACUGUUAAGUUUUAGGGAAUUACUGCUUUCUCCUCAAUUAUGUGUUAGUAUAGAAAGGCCUAGGUUAAUGGAUUUUACUGCAUCUAAGACUGUAUGUUCCUUGGCCACUUAGAGCUUAAUUUGUUCCUCCAUGGUAUUAACAGCUAAAUCCCUGCUUCAUGGGUUUAGUUAGAUUUAUUUUUAACAGACUAUUAGAAAUUAGAUAAGUGCACAGAAAUUUUCAUCUUCAGUUUAAGAAUUUAUCAAAUGUCUUAAGUGGCCUAAACUAAGGUAUGCAUAUCUUUUAAAAUUACAUCCUGACAAAAACUAUCCCAGAGGCCUUUUUUAAAAUUAUUAUUAUUAUUGGUUUGUGUCCAUGUCAUCCUUUUAAGCAUUCCCAGGAGGCAAACAUGUUUAGUGGUGUGCUGUCUUCAUUAGAAUUGCAAAAUGAUAAUGUGCCCAGUUUUUAAAGAAGUUUAAAUUGUGUUUCCAUGGAAGGAUAUCUGACCAUCUACCUACUGAUUUUCUAUAUAUAUAUAUAUAUAUAUACAUAUAUAUAUAUAUAUAUAUAAAAUCAUCGUUUUUACAAUUUCAAUUUUUAAUAUUUUUUUAUAAUGCCGCAUGCCAAAAAAUAUCUACCUAUCCUGGGUUAGAGAAAAAAGAACACCCUAAUAUCCUUCCUACCUGAUUAGUUUCAAAACAGGUUUUCACUGAGAAAGUUUUUUGGCUUAGUUUUAAAGUCGAACAAGUUAUUUUUGAGCAUUUGCCAGUUCUUAACAUUUCAGACCAGUUACCAUGCAAGCACAGUGUCUUAGAAGGUGUGCACAUUUCUGCCCCAGACUUCAGUGUGUUCAUCCUCAUUCCAGAAGCAAGAAUUCCCAGCAUGCUGUAGUGCCUCUGGGGGUGACGAGAGCCUGUCAAAAUUGUGUGUGCUCUGGAACUCUGAGCACAGGUCCACUUGUAUAUUCUUGGUCAGGUCUCCAUUUAAUGCAGACAAAAUUGUAAAGGAAUUGUUGAAACUUUUUUUUUUUUUUAGCAAUAGAAUGGAUAAAUUGUUUGCUUUCUAUUUUAAAGAGAUGGUUUUUCUAAAGCGAAAAUACUUGAAUUUUCACACAAUGUAAUCUCUCCCUUGUAAUAGUUAAUAAUCCCACUGAGGAAAUGUAAUCCAUGCAAUGUGAAUAAAUGGAAAGUAAACAGAA